CACUUGUUCAAUUUCAUCGGUGAGUGGCAUGAUAAGCAGUCUCAAGGACUUUUACGACUUCAUCGAUGACUUGCUUCUCUUGCCACAUACCCAACAGGCAUUGGUUCAAAAGGACGCGACAAGCUGCUCGAGAGAUCCCUUGGUCUCCUUGACAUUGCAGCACCAGCAAAGAUGUAGCACAGAGAAAGGGGACUUUACAGGUGCUACAAUCGGCAUUGCGCAGGAGAUGGGGUGAUGAAAUGGCACUGAGAAACGAGGUUGGGGCAUACUUGGCCUCCAGGAAGAAAGCAAAGAAGACAAUUCAAAACUGCUUGAAAGUUUUGAAGAUCAAAUCGACCAUCUCUUCUGCAGAUCAAAGCUGUGUGGCAAUCGUCUCCAUGUUAAGAAAGGCAGAGGGAAUUGCUCUCAAGACAAUCGAAUCUUUAAUGACAUUGGUACACGGAAAGUCAAGCCGCUCUUUCUUCUCCAAGUUGAUGCAUUCCAACCGAGUGGCGGCCCAUGAGAUAGCAUCCAACAGCGAACUAGAGAUAGUGGACACUGCGGUUGAUACCCUCCUAAGCCACAAGAGUGGAAAAGCAAGUAACACCCAGAUGGAAUAUGUACAGAAAGUAUUGGCAGAACUUGAGUCCCACAUUCAGGACCUUGAAGAAGAGAUGGAGUGCCUGAUCAGGCGCAUGAUUGAAACCCGAGUGUCCCUCCUCAAUAUCCACAACCGCUAGUCUAAGAAGUCAUGACUCCUGGGAUGUAUGGAAAUGUCUAGCACGUGUAGUACAAAUUUUUCUUGUCCUACUUGUA